UACAACGUAGGAACGACGACGAACCCGCUUCUAGCGACCCUUAUACCUGCCCCAGACGAGGGGGUUGUUGGAGCGGAUAUGAGUGCUUUAGAUUCUUCGCCUCACACAAGUGCUGACAACCGAGGACUUUAUCAUUCGCAUACGCCGCUGGUUCCUCAGAGUACUGGCGACGAACUGGCUUCUGAGGUGGAUGAGGGGUGAUUUUCUAUUGCCAGGACGGCCAAGGAGAUCCAGAAAGACCUUUGGGUCGCACCCGAGAUGGCCAUAUCUUUCGCAAGCAAGCCUGGUGACGUCUAUAGUGCGGGAGUUAUCUUUAACGAGAUUAUGACGCGAACUGCACCCUACGCCAGACAGCUUCAGAAUAUGGAUCUCAUCGAUGGCUCGUCUCAAGUGUUGUACAUGGUCAAGUUUGAACACCAGCGGCUGGAUCUCCUACUGGGUGAUGAUUCGGACGAGAGCGUUGACGCGGUUAACCACUUGAUCUGUGAUUGCCUUCAACCGGAGCCGUACUUGCGUCCUGACUUUUCAAACAUUUUGCAGCGUGUCCGCACGAUCAGCCCAGACAGAGAGCUCACCGGACCCGUGAAGCAAUCCAAAUUCCUGCCUAUGCUCCAUGAUUUGAUAACAGGAUCCAGCACGCCAGCUGAACUUGCAGUGCCUGACAACGGUCACCGGGCAGACGAACGCGAGGAGCAACUCAAGACGGUCCAUUGUCUGCUUGUAGAUGAUAACCUCGUGAGCCAAAAGGCUAUUUCCAAGAUACUGAGUCGUAUGGGUAUUACGCCCGAGCUUGCCAACAAUGGUCAGGAGGCUGUGGACAAAUGCCGAGUCUGGUCAGCGGCGAUCGCCAAAGCGACCCGUGGCGGACAAGAGGGCCAUGAGGAUACCCUAAUGCAUCAGACCCUCCAGCAAAACAGUUCGAUAUCCUCUUCAUGGUCCUUUGGAUGCCAGUUCUUAGUGGACUUGAGGCUGCAACCGAGAUCCGAACCCAUGCCGAUGGCGUAAACGCGGAGGAACCGUUUAUCGUGGCGGUGACCGCGUGUGUGAUGCUCGGCGAUCGAGAAAAAUGGAUUGAAAGUGGAAUGAACCAGU